AUGUCUAGCUUGUACAAGUUGGACAUAAAAUUUAACAACAUUGAAGGGGUGAUUCCGAGUGAGAUUGGCAAUUUGGUCAAUCUGCAACGAAUGGCCCUCGGGGAGAAUUUGCUAACCGGCGAAGUGCCUCAAGAGGUUUUUAAUAUUUCUUCGCUCCAAUUGCUUGAUUUGAUGGAAAAUUCCCUCUCUGGAAGCCUUCCCUCUGGUAGAUAUCUAAGCCUUCCGAAGUUGGAACAACUAUAUCUAGCAAGCAAUGGCUUUGGUGGCAACAUCCCGCAGUAUUUCUCGAAUUUUUUGAACCUAAUCAUUUUCGAAGUCAGUGACAAUCAACUCAGCGGACCCAUACCUAUGAGUUUGGGCAACUUGAAGAACCUCGAAGUCUUUGAUAUUGAGUUUAAUCAACUAACAGGAGAGAUUAACGGUUCGGAGCUCGGUUUUCUCUCGCUUUAUCUAAUUGUCCGUCAUUGCGAGAAUUGA